CAUAACAGAAAUAAAAUCUUCAAAACAUCAGUCUGUGAAGAAUUCAUCUGUGUAAUGUGUUUCAGUUUGUGAACCAAGUUACUGAAACAAAAUGUAACAUUCUGAUUUAUUGAAUAAAACUAACUCACUUUAAAAACACAUUAAUGCUUAUUUUUCUAUGUUAUCGAAUCAGACGAUGUUGUUUUAACUCAUUGUCAUCGUGUUCGUUUCUAAUCCUUUGAAACUUUUCCAUCGUCAGUGUCAACAACCAGUUAACUAUGAAAACACUCCUCCCUCCUCCAUACAGUAAGAUCACAGUAACUGGAGCACAGUUCAGAUUCAAUCAUUGAGCUGAUGUAGUCGAACUUUCCACACCAUGAUGAACUUCAACUUGUUUGGAGUUUUUCUCUGCAUGUUCAGUUGGACCUCGACAUCGGUUUGUCAGUUUCACUCAGUUGUUGUUCAGCCUGGAGCAGAAGUCACACUGCGGUGCUCAAAUCUGAGCCAGUUCCCCACGUAUCUCCACUGGUUCAAACUGGCUGAUGGACCAAAUGCCACCAUCAUCGUGUCUAUGAGUAGUUCUGGAUGGAGCAGAUUAAACAAAACUCCACUCGGCCAAUUUACAAUGAUAUCGAACAUCACAGAUGUUUUUUUAAACAUCAGAUCAGUGGAUUUCUCUGAUACUGGACUGUAUUUCUGUGGAAAAAAGAACACAGAUGAAAACCCAGAAAUAUUCAGUGCAACAUAUUUAAAAGUUGAAGUAAAUGUGUGUGAUGAAGUAAUAAAUGUACCAACUCCGAUCCUGAGUGCUGUAACAAUUUUUCUUGUGUUACUCAUCAUCUGUCUGGCUGCAAAAAUUUGGAUUUUGCAAAGAGCACAAGUUUGUUCUCGGACUCAACCACAGAAUGAGACUCUGAACUCUGAUGAUCUGCAUUAUGCUGCUCCAAGGUUUCACCCGAAAGCAGGAAGCCACAGAAGACCUGCAGCAGAGAGAGAGUUGGAGACAACUGUGUAUGCUGCCACCAGACAAAUUCAUGUCAGAGUGGAAUGAAUCCCUCAGUAUCUGUGCAGCUUGAUGCUCCUUUUUUUUCUUCUUGAAAUGUUAGAAUAUCACAUUUUGUUUGUGGCAGAUUUAAUAAAACUGAUUAAAAACUGAUAAAGGAAGAGGAGUGGCCUUGAGACAGACAUGUCACUCAGAACUUGGGACUUGACUUGAACUUGAAUUUUUACUUUCAAAAUAUUUGACAUUUCACUCUAAACAUAAAAAGUGUCAUAAAGGACCUGCAACCUGCUGCACACCUCUGACAUUUAGUCAGGAUUUCCUCCCUUUGCUGCUCCAACAGGAAUAUUUCAUUUCUUGUGUUGUUUUCAAUUAAAGAGGAGUGUUCAAAAUAGCAGCCUAUGGGAUGCCAGAGCUGCCAAAAUGUAACUGCUUACUGGGAAAUGCUCUAGGACAUGGGUCUCAAACGCCAGUCCUCGAGGGCUGUAGUCCUGCAACCUUUAUAUGUGUCUUUGCUGCACCACACCUGAAUAGAAUAAUUAGGUCAUUAAGGCUCUGGAGAACUGAUUUACACAAGGUGGAGGUAAUUAAAUCAUUUCAUCCCAGUGUUUUGUACCUGUGGCACAUCUAAAAACUGCCAGACAGCGGCCCUGGAGGACUUGAGUUUGAGACACCUGCUCUGGG